AUGGCCAACGAGCGCGAAAGCAAGACAUUCCUCGCCCGGCUCUGCGAACAGGCUGAGCGCUACGAUGAAAUGGUCACGUACAUGAAGGAGGUCGCCAAGAUCGGCGGCGAGCUCACCGUCGACGAGCGCAACCUCCUGUCCGUUGCCUACAAGAACGUCGUUGGCACGCGACGUGCCUCGUGGCGCAUCAUCUCGUCCAUCGAGCAGAAGGAGGAGUCCAAGGGCUCAGACAAGCACGUCUCCACCAUCCGCGAGUACCGAAAGAAGAUCGAGGAGGAGCUCGAGAAGGUCUGCCAGGAUGUCCUCAACGUGCUCGACGACUCCCUGAUCCCCAAGGCCGAGUCCGGCGAGUCCAAGGUCUUCUACCACAAGAUGAAGGGUGACUACCACCGUUAUCUUGCCGAGUUUGCCUCGGGCGAGAAGCGCAAGAUUGCUGCGACCGCUGCCCACGAGGCGUACAAGACGGCCACGGACGUUGCCCAGACCGAGCUCACCCCCACGCACCCCAUCCGCCUGGGCCUGGCGUUGAACUUCUCCGUCUUCUACUACGAGAUCCUGAACUCGCCCGACCGCGCUUGCCACCUGGCCAAGCAGGCCUUCGACGACGCCAUCGCUGAGCUCGACUCGCUGUCCGAGGAGUCGUACCGCGAUUCCACGCUCAUCAUGCAACUGCUCCGUGACAACCUCACGCUCUGGACAUCGUCAGACGGUGCCGAGGGCGAGGCUGCUGGCGAGGCUGCUCCCAAGGAGGAGGCCAAGCCCGCAGAGGAGGCCGCGAAGCCCGCAGAGGCCGCCCCCGCGACCGAAGAGCAGCCGCCGGCGCCUGCUGCUUAA